AUGUUUUGCAGAACAGCUGGAAGAGCGAAGCUGCUGAUCCUGUUCUGCCUGCUCAAUUCUGCUCAUGGAGCUAAUCCACCAUGGUUCCAGAACAUCUCCACAAAUCUCUUCAAGUCUCCUGGAGAUAUUCUGCUUGGUGGACUUUUUCCCAUCAACCGACUGACCAGCAACCUGACCGAGAGAGUGAAACCGGACGAUAUUCAGUGCAAGAGUGUCGAUCAGUACGGCCUUGCGCUGUCAUUAGUGAUGAAGUACACCAUUGACGAGAUCAACGCCAAGCCUGACCUUCUGCCUAACGUUAAGCUGGGCUUUGAGACCUAUGAUGACUGCGGGCAGUCUGCCAUUAUUAUGAAGCCCACGCUGCUUUUCUUCACCACAAACAACUCCGACAUUUUGGACGUCAUGUGUAACUACACAGAGUACAAGACCAGAGUCCAUGCCAUCAUUGGGCCGUACAGCUCUGAGAUGGCAAAUGUCAUUGGCCAGCUGGUGAGCUUCUUCCUGAUGCCACAGGUUAGCUACAGAGCCACCAGUAAUAGUUUCAGUGACAAGUUGACAUACCCGUCGUUCAUGCGUACUGCCCCCACUGACAGCUGGCAGGCCUUGGCAAUGGUUCAGCUGCUGCAGCAGUUCGGCUGGAACUGGGUGGCGGUGAUCGGAAGUGAUGAGACUUAUGGCAAAGAGGGUCAACAGCAGGUGUCCCAAAACGCUGCAGACGGGGGAAUUUGUGUAGCCUACGAGGGGUUGAUACCAGUCUAUGAAGACCCAAUGCCCACCAUAUCAGAGAUCCUGGACGGCAUAGUAGAGGUCAAAGUGGGCGUGGUGGUGGUGUUUGCAUCCUCCAAAGCAACGGCCGCCUUCUUCAGUGAGGUAAUCAGGAGGAACAUGACAGGAGUCUGGUUAGCGAGCACAGCGUGGGCUGUACACAGCAGCAUCGUCACACUGCCUGGCAUUCAGACCAUCGGCACCGUGCUGGGCUUCACCGACAUGUCCCAACCCGUCAGCCUGCUCAGCCCUUAUGUACAACAGCUUUUCACAAACAUGGAGCAAGAGAGACUCAGAAUGCAUACCACACAGCCAAAUGCUGACGUCUCUCCCCUGGAGAACCCCUGUCCAGACUGCUGGAGUCUUUCACCAGCAAACGUGAGCAUUGUACAAACAGAGCUGGUGCGGCGCACCGCCUUCAGCGUCUACUCUGCUGUUUACAGCGUGGCCUAUGCGAUGCACAACAUGCUCGGCUGUAACUCAAGCAUGUGUACCAGAUAUUACAAGAAGGAUACUAUCUAUCCCUGGCAGUUGCUGCCAUGGGUACAGAAGGUUUCAAUGACACUGAAUGGAACCCAAAUUAAUUUUGACGCAGACGGAAACCCGAAUAUCGGCUAUGAUUUGCUAGCCUGGGUCUUUCAGAACAACACUGUGAGCUUCAAAAACAUUGGGUCCUUCGUCCAGAACCUGACGAUUGAUAAGAAACUGAUAAAAUGGCACACGAAUAAUAAUACGAUCCCCACAUCUAGAUGCUCCUCCGACUGUCUAUCAGGACAAGUGCGUAUAGUUAAAGGAUUUUAUUCCUGCUGCUUUGACUGCAGUGACUGUUUAGAAGGAACCUUCCAAAACAGAACAGACGAUAUCCAAUGCACUAAAUGUCCUCCACGCCAGUGGUCCACGUUCCGCAGUACCAGCUGUGUCUUUCCCACCUAUGAAUACCUGGCUUGGACCUCCUUUGAAUCAGUAGCUCUGAUCCUGGCUGGACUUCUGUUGCUGUCUUGUCAGGCAGCGAUGGGCAUCCUGUUCUUCCAAAACAGAGGGACACCGCUCCUGAAAGCACUGGGAGGACCACUAUGUGGCUUGGGUCUGCUUAGUCUAAUGGGAAGCUGUAUUGGUCUGGUGCUGUACCUGGGGCAGCCGAAUGAUGUCAUUUGCCGUGUUCAGAUACUUCUGUAUGUACUGUUCCCCACUGCAGCACUGUCCACCCUCCUGGCUAUCUCUAUGCAGAUUGUUUAUGUGUGUGAGUUCCCUGAAAAAGCUCUGCAGAACAUGGAGAACAUGCAAGGCCUUGGCAGCUGGGGUCUGGUGCUAGCAUGUUGUGGUGUUCAGUCAGGGCUCGUUGGCUGGUUUAUCAUUGAAGGGCCUUCACUGACCAACUGGGUAGACAGUCUGGAAGUUAAUUUUGUUACAAGGUUCCUGCCCUGCCCCACUGAACCCAUACUGAACUUUGGCCUCAUGCUGGGUUUCAAUGGCCUGCUGGCCUUGAUCUGCUUCAUGUGCACCUUCAUGGCACCGAAACCGGUCAGGCAGUACAACUUUGCCAGAGACAUUACAAUCGCCAGCCUGAUCUACUGUGUAAUAUGGGUCAUAUUUAUCCCAAUCUAUGCUGGCCUGGGUGACAAAGAGAAGACAAUUGCUCAAGUACUGUUUACUUUGAUUAGUAAUACAGCACUCACGGUCAGUUAUUACCUUCCUAAGUGUCACCUCCUUGUCAAGGAGCCAGACCUCAACAAAAAUGAAUACUUCGCCUCGAUCCUAGAGGGAAUCCCACCGAUACCACCUGAGGAGCCACCACCAGAUAAAAAUAAACAAGAUAAUAAAAAAGAUAAUAAAGAAGACAAUAAAGAAGGGGAGAAAAAUGAGAAUAAAGAGGGGAGUAAAGAGGAGAGUAAGGAGGAAAAUAAAGAGGAUAACAACUAGCCAUGUUAGGCCUGUUGUAGAAGUGAUAGACAUGUAGGCAGGGGUGGAAAAUUCACAGAAAAAUUAUAUUCAAAAUCUUGCUCAAUUAAAAGUGGCAGAUCUAAAAUUUAUUUUUUUCUAAAAAGUAAAUGAGUCGCUACUUUUAAAUGUACCCAAGUAUUAAAGUAUAUAAAAAAGUCAAUGAUUUGAACUUGAAGUGGUGGAAUUUUCAUGUGAAAUAUAACUUUUAUUAUUUAGCAAAAACUGACAGACGAAACUUAUUUCUUUAAAGUGGGCUAAUUAAAUUUAAACAUAGACAACUUGAUUUUAAACUUUGGUAAAAUAGGUACAUUUACCUCAACAUGCUUUUUCAAAUAAGACUAAGUUGGCUCCAGUGGCUGUACUUUGCAUGGAACAAGAUCGACAAAUCGGCAUGAUUCUUGACCAUUUUUUCCAAACUGAUUGUCUCAGGAUUGGAUGAUUAGAUGAUUUAAACUAAAAUGUAGA